AGGAGCCCGCGGGGGUGGGCUCGGGGGCGGGCAGGGUGGGAUAUACCCGGGCGAGCGGAGCCCCCGGCGCUCACAGCCCGGCGCGGAGCUGCUUCUGCCCAGCCCUGUCCCAGGUGAACCUAAUGGCCACAAGAAAAAGGAGUUCAUGGCAGCAUUACCCUGGAGGCCAAAUGGAGUCCAGAAUAUCUGAUGAUGAUGACGAUGAUGACUAUCGGCCUCAGAAAGGUGCAGAAAAGAUGUUCUACAAAAGCUGUGCUGGCUUUCUGGCUAAGGAAGGUGUAGAAAUGAUAUUUGAAGCAAUCAGAAGGGGGAAUGAGGAGAAGACCAUGAAAGCGCUGGAAUAUAAGAGAGAUGAAACCUCCCAGGAGCUCAAAGAAACAGCGAAAGCCUUGCAGGAUUGUCUCAAAGAAUUACGGGAGUCCAGACAGCAUGAACGGGAGCUCUUCAGAGCAUACCUGGAGAAGAACCAAGGAAGGGGGAAUGAGGAGAAGACCACAAAAGACUCAGAAUCGAAGAGAGAUGAAGCCUCCCAGGAGCACAUGAGAACACUGAAAGCCUUGCAGGAAUGUCUCAAUGAAUUAGAGGAGUCCAGACAGCGUGAGCGUCAGCUCCGAGCAAGGCUGGAGAAGAAACAAGCAAAGAAAGAGGAGGAAAAUCCAAUUGCUGAGUUGAUUAGCCAAUUCCGGCAGCUCUCACAAAGAUUUGAAACUCUGGAAGAGCGUUUGCAGAAAUCGCCAGAGUCAUCAUAGCAUGAGUUUCAGCUUCUCAGAGCAGACCAGGAGAAGUAACAAGACACGGAGGAAACUGCCAGCAGCUUCUCUUUGAAUCACUUCCUGAUGCAAAACCAGGACAGAUGGUCAUCUCUCAUCUCAAGGAAGCCCUGAGGAAAGUAAUUCAACAGGACACAUGGAACAUCAAUGAGUCUCUCAUCCUCUGAAAAACUCAGAUGCUCUUCUGAUCAUACAUGUCUCUUUUUUCUCAUUGUGUGUUAUGCAUGAAAUAUUAUUUUCAGCUUAAAAAUAUUAUUCUUA